GUACAUUCUGUUCUUCUCUUUUUAGACGCUGACUCAUCGUUUCUUACCUUUUUCAGCAAUAUGACGUCCGAAGUUGGAAUCCGGCGGGCACGUAUGUCAGAUUACUCCGCCGUUGUGGAUGGGAUUGGAGAUGUUUAUUGGGGUAGGGACUACUUACCUGCCCUGUACACAGGGUUUCUCCAAGACCCGGACUGCUUCUCCUUUGUAGCAGAGGUUGACGGAAAAGUCGUCGGAUUCUACGCGGGAGAACUCGUGGACAACAAACAAACGCUAUAUAAAAUGGCAGGAAGGGUCAAGGACGAGUAUAAAGGUCAAGGUAUUAUUACCAAGUUGAGUGAUGCCAUCGACACAGAAGCGGCAAAACUAGGAACAGCCAAACGCGAGGUGAUGGCGUGUUUGAAAGAGACUGCCGAGAGACUCAGUAAAGGUUACACCCAGAAGAAAGGAUUCGAGUUGAUUGUGCACGUGGUAAGACAACUUUUGAAAUUAAUAAUAUUAUGCUCUACUCUUCAUUGAGGUCUAUUUUUUCUAAAAGGAUAGUGCCGUGUCACAGCUGACUGCAAACAAAUAAUUGUGUUGUAAUUUUAAGAAACGCCACUUUGCAAAACUUCACCUUUUGUGCUGCUCAUUUUAGUUGUUUUGUUUUUCAUAUUAAAAACAUCCCUGUUCUCAGACUGACAAAAACCAGUAUUCCAAAUUAUAAUUAACUUAGAAAAAAAUGCUUGGUUAAAAAAAAAGAGAACAAUGUUCUGGUUCGGAUAGAGGUUCAAUUGCAGGGAAGGCCCUGUGAGUGUACAUGCAGCUACUUUAUUUCAAACUAAUUCUUAAAGACAUAUUAUUAAUAAAGGUUUCAGUUACAUUUCUUCAUUAUUGCUUUGUUGUAUAUCUCUCCAGAAAGUGUACUAUUCGCAUCUCGUUACCAGCGAUAUUCCAAAAGUGGAGCUUUCAACUUUCCAAAACGUCAACGAAAUGACGUACGCGGACAUGGAAGAACUUUUCGAUGACGAGGUCACGUGGAACAGACUCAUGCGUCAAGGCCGAAUAUGUGUUCAUUACGCACCUCUGGGCAGGUUCAAGGAGAAUAUACGGCAUGUCAUCAACCACAGAACGAAAGCCUUCAUGUCUUUUGGUUCUUCAGGUGUCAAGGACGCUGGCGAUUCUGCCAACAAAAACGUCCAGAAGGCCACCAUGCUCUCUACAAUACAUCAUGUCCCAGUGAGUUUCGGUCUUAUUUUGUAUUCUGACUUUUAUGGCUCGGAUCUUACAGAUUUAGAAUCCCAUCUGCAGAUGCAUAUUCAUCACUUAAAUUAGGCCAAUGCAGCUAAAAUAAGCUGGACCAUCAAUGUUCUCUUUGAUCUUGACUCUGACGUCAGGGAAAGACUGAAAGAUUGUUUGUCAAAGUAUGGAAUACCUCUUACACAGACCCCAACACUGACAGAUGUAUUUAUGUUUGAAGCAAUUUUUUCACCCUCAGGCGCUUAAAUGAAAAGAACGUAAUACACACUGACCUGUUCACGUUCUUCUCACUAACCACCGUUAUUUACUUACUUACUCACU